GAGAGUGACACGUCGUGAUUCCUAAGCGUUCGAUAUAAAUCCAAUCGCAUUAUUACUUGUUAUUAACCGGAAACCAUGGCGAUCGUACCGGCAUUGCAGACGACGUUCGUGGCAUCGACGAACUUCCUGAAACAAUCGAGACCUUCUUCUUCGUCUUCGUGGGGAUCAUCAUCACCGAGCAAUGUGACUCUUCCCAGAAACAAGAGAUCGUCGUCCGUAAUUGUUGCCGCUGUCGGUGAUGUCUCUUCUGACGGAACCAUAUAUUUGAUAGCCGGAGCCGCUGCUGUAGCUCUUGUCGGAACAGCUUUUCCGAUCCUCUUCAAACGCACCGACACGUGUCCGGAAUGUGACGGAGCAGGAUUUGUGAGGAAGGGAGGAGCGACUUUGAGGGCCAACGCCGCAAGGAAGGAUCAAGCUCAGAUCGUUUGCGCCAACUGCAAUGGCCUCGGCAAGCUUAACCAGAUUGAUAAAUAAAUUAACUCUCUUCUUUAUUAUAUCUACAAACCGCUAUUUCACAUUCCUCUUCUUCUCUAUGUAAUAUAAUAUACUCUGUAAGUUUUUCUGAAUCCAUGAGAGAAAUAUUCGAUUCGCGAUAGCUUGUUUGGAGAUGCAAUUGUUUCGAGUUGUUGUACCUUUAUAUGCUCUAGUCUCUGUUAUGUUUCUACAUUAUAUUUGCUCUGCAACUGCAAGCGUUAAUCA